CUGCUGACGUGGCGCUGAUAGACCCACCUCUCAGUGAUCGGACGCAUUUCCGGGGUGCUGUUUUCUUCUUCCGGCACAUGUAAACAUGGCGCCCCCCGUCCCGUUGCUGGCAGUGCGAGGAUCCGAUGGCACGUCUCUGCUCCGAGGCCCCCCCCACUGUGAGCCACAUGCAGCUUUCCAGAGAGACUGCCGGCCCAGCAGAUGUGUGACCUUCAGCAGAGACGGGACACUCUUUGGUUGGUGUAACGGACAAAAUGUCUCCAUCGUGAACCCCUCAGAUGGCGCUGUGGUGUCAACCUUUGACCUUCCGAAGACAGCCCUGCUGGAAUUUUCUCCACUCAAGAACAUCCUGGUUACCUGGCAACUGUACACGAAGACUCAGGACAGUCCUCAGGGGGAAGCCAACCUCCAGCUGUGGGAGCUGCGCAGCGGCCGCCUCAUCAAAGCCCUCUAUCAGAAGAAGGUCGAGUCGUGGUGUCCCAGCUGGUCUGAAGACGAGAAGAUCUGCGUGAGGAUCGUCAACAACGAGCUGCACUUCUAUGAGAACAACGACUUUGACUCCAUCGCCAACAAGCUCCACAUGCAGAAGGUGUCCGACUUUGUGCUGUCGCCUGGAGGUCAGCCCAGCAAGGUCGCUGUCUACGUUCCGGGCAGCAAAGGAGCGCCUUCGUUCGUCCGCCUGUAUCAGUACCCGGUGUUUGGAGGGCCGACCGCUGCGCUCGCCAACAAGAGCUUCUUCAAGGCCGACCGAGUGACGAUGCAGUGGAACAAGAAAGCCUCGGCCGUGCUGGUGACGGCGAGUACUGAAGUUGAUAAAACCGGCGCGUCGUACUAUGGAGAGCAGACGCUGCAUUACCUUGGCGUUAACGGAGAGACGGCGCUGGUCCAGCUGUCGAAGAACGGCCCAAUCUACGACGUGGCGUGGAGUCCAAGCUCCACCGAGUUCUGCGUGGUGUACGGCUUCAUGCCGGCCAAAGCCACCGUCUUCAACCUCAAAUGUGACCCCGUCUACGACUUUGGGACCGGACCGCGAAACGCAGCGUACUACAGCCCUCAGGGCCACAUCCUGACCCUGGCCGGCUUCGGCAACCUGCGAGGUCAGAUGGAGGUCUGGGAUGUGAAGAACUACAAACAGGUGUCCAAACCUCAGGCGCCAGACGCCACUCAUUUCUCCUGGUGUCCCGAUGGUGAGCAUAUCGUCACGGCGACCUGCUCUCCUCGGCUGCGGGUCAGUAACGGUUAUAAGAUCUGGCACUACACCGGCUCCGUGCUUCAGAAAUGGGACGUGGCGGCCGGCUCGGAGCUGUGGGAGGUGCGCUGGCAGUCGCUCCCCGACGGCAGCUUCCCCAAGCGACCAAUCAAGUACCAGGCAGCGCCCAGCCAGCUGGGGUCCACGCAGGCCCCGCCCACACAGGCGUACCGGCCACCUGCACUGAGACACCUGCCCGCCACGCCCAGCUCCAAACUGCACGAGGACGAGCCUCCUCAGGACCUUCGUCCCGGAGCUUCGGGAGACAAGAGUCUCUCUAAAUCUGCUCUGAAGAACCAGAGGAAACGAGAAGCAAAGAAGGCAGCGAAACAGGAGACGAAACCAGAACCAGAACCUCCCACUGACCCCGCCCCUGUCAGUAACAGCCAAUCAGAGGCAAGCAUCGGUGACCCAGAGGUGGAAAAGAAGAUCAAGAACUUAAAGAAGAAACUGAAGGCCAUCGAGGAGCUGAAGGAGCAGCAGGCAUCGGGGAAGGUCCUGCAGAAGAACCAGGUGGAGAAGAUCCAGAAGGAGGAGCAGCUGCUGAAGGAGCUGCAGGAGCUGCAGAUCGGACAGUAAGAGGUUCCUGGGAGCUACAGGCCACGCCUCCCAUCCUGCAGAACACAGAGGGACUGUGGCGUCUGUGAUUGAGUUUUUAGUUGAGGGGCGGGGCUUAUCUGACAGGUGUGGCAUACCUCCAGAAGGUUAAACUGAGUGGAUGUUUGUUCCUUAUGUUCACGCCCUGCCUGUGGCUGCGAGCGGCGAGCGCUCCUCUCUCUCAGCUGGAGGUUGUCCAGUAAUAAACUUUGUAACAGAUCAUGAGACCAGUUCUUCUUCUUGUCACAGUGAAACCUUUGUUUUUAUUUGCCACCAGAGUUGGCUGCUUUUUUUUUUUUUUGGCCUUGGCCGUGGGAGUGCUGAUAGACAAAGUAAGUCGGACUCGAACCCAGGCCUGCUGUCCUGUGACUACGGUCACCUGCUCUCCCACUGAGCCAACCCGGUGCCCCGGAGUCGGAUCCUUUUAAUUGGAUUCAUUUACACAAACUCGGCCACACCUCCCGAGCUUCGUCACUGCCCUGAUACCAAUACACGUUUUUCUCUCUGCCUCACAGUUGUUCCAUUUUUUUAUUGGUAAUAAAAAGAA